ACACGUCAGCUGAAAGACACGGAAGGCUUUCAAUGUGACACACUUAACGGAAACCCAUUGGAUACAUGCGGCUUUGCGAACACGGAAGGGUUUUACUGUAACGCGCGCACUUGAAGUAUACGGAAGGAUUUUGAUGAAACACGUAAUGCUUACAUGAAGGAAGGCACUCAACUGCCGGUUAUGACUAGGAAUUAUAGUUUUUUAAAGUGCAUUGCGGUUUUAAAAUACUUAGCUGUGGAUACGCAGGAGUAUCACGAACGAAGUCUAUGUUUGUAGAUGUAUGCGUUGGUCGACUUAUUUGGUUAGUGGGGUUUCCAUGAACCAUUUCAUCGCAAAAGAAUCCUUCACUGCACUGUUGGAUUGAUGUCCAACCAGAAAUCAUGGACCUGCCUAUAUCUAAUUCGAGAAGGAAUGGUCGGCAGAGGAGGCCAGUCAUCUCUUGGGAGAUGAAGGACGGCGAAACCAUCUACCCAUCUUCUUUAGAGAGGGAGGAGGAGGCACUGCUUCAGGCUGCUGAGGAUGACGACGGUCGUCCCAAUGGGCAUAGGAGUGUGAGAGCAGAACUGGGCAAUGUCUGCUUACUGCUCUUCCUGUAUGUUUUACAGGGAAUUCCUCUGGGUCUGGCAGGAAGUAUACCUCUGAUCUUACAGAGUAAGAACGUCAGUUAUAAAGACCAGGCGUACUUCAGCUUUGUGUUUUGGCCUUUUAGUCUCAAGCUGCUUUGGGCUCCGCUGGUGGAUGCCCUAUACAUGCCACGGUUUGGUCGCAGGAAGUCGUGGUUAGUCCCCACCCAGUACCUCCUGGGCUUUUUUAUGCUCUACCUGUCCGCAACCGUGGACUCGCUGCUGGAGAGCGACGACCACAAGCCUCCGGACAUUUUCACAAUCACGGCUGUGUUUUUCAUGUUGGCCUUUCUGGCUGCAACGCAGGACAUCGCUGUGGACGGCUGGGCUCUCACCAUGCUCUCCCGGGAGAAUGUCGGUUAUGCCUCUACUUGCAACUCAGUAGGGCAGACAGCUGGCUAUUUCCUCGGCAAUGUGCUCUUCCUGGCUCUAGAGUCAGCUGACUUCUGCAACAGUUACCUGAGGUUUGAGCCCAAGUCCACUGGCAUCGUCACUCUCUCAGACUUCCUUUUCUUCUGGGGGGUGGUGUUCUUGGUGUCGACCACCCUGGUGGCGAUCAUGAAGAAGGAGACCCCCAGACGGCAGGCCAAGAAGGAGGUGAGGGAGGAAUCCCAGGGGGUCAUGGAGACGUACAAGCUGCUCAUCUCCAUCAUCAGGAUGCCGGCCGUCUUUACCUUCUGCUGCCUGCUGCUAACCGCGAAGGUGGGCUUCUCCGCAGCAGAUGCCGUGACGGGACUGAAGCUGGUGGAGGCGGGGGUGCCCAAGGAGAAGCUGGCUCUGCUGGCAGUGCCCAUGGUGCCGCUGCAGAUCCUCCUGCCCAUCCUUAUCAGCAAGUACACUGCAGGGCCCCGGCCCCUGGAUGUGUUCUACAAGGCCUUUCCUUUCAGGUUGCUGAUUGGCUUGGAAUAUGCUCUGCUGGUGUGGUGGACACCCAGCAUGCGCCAGGAGACGGGCUUUCCCCUCGGCUACUACGGCAUGGUGCUCCUGAGUUACGCCGUUCACCAGGUGGCCCUGUACAGCAUGUAUGUGGCCACGAUGGCCUUCCAUGCCAAAGUUAGUGACCCCCUCAUUGGAGGCACCUACAUGACCCUCCUGAACACCGUCACCAACCUAGGUGGCAACUGGCCGUCCACGUUGGCACUUUGGCUCGUGGACCCGCUGACGACCAAGGAAUGUCAGGGGGCCGCUGGCCAGGCGUGUAACUCUCCAGAGGCCACUGGGCUCUGUUCCCAGAUGGGCGGCACCUGUGUGACGCUGCUAGAUGGGUAUUAUGUGGAAUCUCUGGUGUGUGUUCUGAUCGGCUUUGGCUGGUGGUUCUGGCUGGGAAAGCGCCUGAAACGACUGCAGGAUACGAGACCUUCAGCCUGGCAGUGUCAGAGACCCAACUGAUGCCCCCCCCCUCAUGCAGCUGCGUAUCGGGACACCUGAUGCCAGACCAUGCGGCCUUCCUAGGCUGCAGAUGCCCAUCCCUGUGCCACCAUUCAGCUGUGUCACUCACCACUUUCUUGUGUCUGUUUCUGAAUUUUCUUCUCUAUCGCUCCGUCACCCGUCUUAUCAAGGGUGGAAAGUUCAGUUCCAGAGAGUACAAAUCCAGACCAAGGUCUUGUUUCAACCAACCGGUACUCUGUGACUGAGACUCUUUAUACUCAACUGUUUGGUCGAAAUCUUGGACUAGGUUUAUUCUUUCUGGACCUGAACUUUCCCCAUCUUCUUAUUACGCCUCCUGACCGAGCCUCUUCCUUGUCCUGUAUACAUACUUGGGUGCUUUACCAUCACAUAGGUCCAACGUAAUUAUCACUGCGUACAUCUCCACACUUGUGGGUUUAUGCUUCCUGUCUUCAGAUGCUGCACAACUGUUGCACAAAAUUGCAUUAAGCAGAUGCUGAUGCAAAAUAUAUUCCAGUAUGUACUUUCAGUUUCUGUCUGCCGUGAAGGAGUUUGAUAUUGAUUAUUUAGUCUGGGGGUUUUAAUUUGAGUGAGCACUGGUUAGAAAGUGAUUUUGUGUAGUUUGCACAGUAUUGUAGAAGAAAAAGCAAAAGGAUUGUAGAUUCAGUUUUUUUUUCCUUUUGGUGUAUAUUUUCGAUUAUGCAGAACUUUCUUAUGUUAAAAUGUAAACAUUUUUGUCUUUUUUUUAAUAGGAUAUAACUGUACUUUUUAAUUGUUUUAAAAACAUUUUUACUGAACAUGACUCAAAAAGAAUGUGUAGAAUACUUUUACAUUCUUGUCAUUAUUUACAUUGUUUGAUGGCUCUACUGAACUGAGCUAAAAAUCACCAAAAGAAUCAUUCCUUCUGAUUUGCCAAAAUUGUUUAUUUCUUAUCGUCACUUAAAUGCUUUUGAUGUAUUUUUUUCCGAUUAUAAUUUAGAUUUUAUAUUUAUGUUAGAUUUAAAAGGACCUGAGCUCUCGUGAUGGAGGGACAGAUUUCAAAUCCAGUCUUUUCUUUUGAGUAAUUUUGUUUUUCUUUAUUUGAUAAAAUGAUGUCAUAUACGACCUCUGCUGGAGGUGUCAGGAACUACACGAUGGACGUGAGACGCUUUAAAAUAUUGGCUCAUUUUCCCUGUUAGGCAUUUUAACAGGACUUGUUGAAACUUGCUUGGUGACCUGAGGUUCCCCUCUAGGAACCCUGGUUUGUCUUCACCAAGUUUUCACAGAGUGUCAAUAUUCUGAGUGCGAUAAUCAGCUGGGAAGGUGCAGGGAGAACUUUUGAGAACUUCUUUGGUCUUGCAUUGUGUGCAGUUUUUGCUUAAGUUGGAAGAUUUUUUUUUUUUGUGAAUUUUGGUCUGUCAAAUAUGGCUGAAGUUACCGGGUGGCUGUAAUGAUGAUUGUACAUAUGCUGAACUGUAAGCAGUUCUAGGGAACUUUUGUACCAAAAAAAUGACCAAGAUUAAAUAUUGUAAAGAUUUAAUACAUAUCAUAUAUAAUAAAAAAUAUUUAACAAU